AUGUCUGGGCCUGGUGGAUCUGGUGUGGGUGCUGAUUCCUCUAGUUACGUGGACGACGCUGAUGGCGGUGAUGGCAGUUCAAUGGAUGCGAGUCGUGAUAUAGCCCAUGUGAAAGCCAUUCUUGAAGAAGCUGGAGUAACCGACUACGAUCCUCGUGUUGUUCACUUACUUCUUGAUUUGCUUUAUUCAACCACAUCAAGUUUACUUACCCAAGCGAAGGCGAUAUCACAACACUGUGGGAAAAUGGUGAUAGAUGAACCCGAUGUGCAAAUUGCCGUGGAUUUCAGUGGUAUGUUUGUCAAGCUUGAGUCUUUUAGACGGCCCUUCUCCUACCUUUAUUUGACUAUAGUGCAUUGGGCUCCCCUGAUGGUAGAAGCAGUUAGUGACAUAUUGAUGUAG